AUGAAACCAUUUCCAUUAUCAGAUGUUUAUUUUACGGGAUUAUUAGCAGAAAUGUUUAAUAUACAAAGAUUAACUAUUUUUCCUAAUGUUAAAUAUCUUUAUCAAACAAAAUGUAAUGAAAAUUUUUUUAAUUCAAAUAAGUAUCCAUUUGCUUGUGCUGCUUCCAAUAAUCAUUUUAAUGAAAAAAAUUCUGAUGAUGAUCGAAGUUUAAUGAAUGAUUACAAUUUAUUUUGGAUAAAACUAGCAGAAAAAUAUAGAACUUUGGAAACUAAAGAAAAUGAAUAA